AUGACGGACAGGAUAUCAGCGCAGCAGGACGAGGUCGUCCAAGAGACAAACUUCACCGAGGAGCCGCUCCUCCGCCGUGAUAGCGGCGCACCAGAAGAGCCUCGUAAUGGGAAUGCUUCGCAGUCGCAGUCGCAGUCGCAGUCGCAGUCGCAGCGCAACAGCUAUGGCUCCAUGUCCGUCGCAGCGAACGGCUCUGGCGCCUCCAACGGCACCAACAAGGCAGCCAACACGCCCGCGAAGCCUGCCCGGGACCUGGCGCCCGACCUGCUCCGCGGCGUGCUGAUGGCCCUCAUGGCCUUUGACCACGCUGGCGUCACCCUGCGCGUCUGGCCGCACGGCCAGGGCAUCCACUCGGAGCUCGACUCGGCCGUCGUCGAGCAGUUCAACUGGUGGCUGCCCUACACCAUCCGCACCCUCACCCACCUGUGCGCCUCGGGCUUCACCUUCCUGCUCGGCAUGGGCAUCGUCUACUUUGGCCGCUCGCGCGCCCGGCUCGGCUGGAGCACGGGCAAGAUGGCGCGCCAUUUCUUCCUGCGCGCCGUCGUGCUGACGCUCGUCAGCGUCGUCUUUGGCGCGGUUCUCUCGGGCUUCCAGGUGUGGUUUCUCAAUAUCGUGCUGUUUGCCCUCGCUGUGGACUAUUUGAUCGCGGGGCUACUGUACCUGCUCUUCUCGGGCACGGAGCAGGCGCUGGCGCGCCUCUUGGUCAGGGAGAUCCCCGACGAGCCGGAGGAGGAGGUCCGCGAGCCGAUGCUCUCCGCGCCGCCGGGCGAGGGCGAGACGGUCGUCCGGUCUUCGGACCGCGUCAUCGUGCGCGCGUCGCGCAUCUCGUGGCACGUCCACAACGUGCUGCUCAUGGUGCUCGGCGUCGUGACCAUCUGGUGGAACAUAUGGAUGUCGCCCACGCACGGGUACUGUAAGCCCCAGGAGAGCGAGCUCCUCCCGACUACCGCGUCCUCAGCCGCCGCCGCCGCGCCUCCCUCGCCCAUAACCGAGGGGUUCUGGCCCAUCUUGCGCGACAUCUGGUUCUACCCGCUGCUCGGCCACCGCGUCAUGUCGGGCUUCCCGCCCAUGGGCUGGCUCUCCUUCGCCGUACUCGGCCUGCUCUACGGGCGCAUCGUGCUGGCGCGGCGCUGGAGCCCCAGGGCGGUCAACGCGGGCAACGCGCUUGCCGCCGCGGGCUUCCUGCUCGUCUUCGCCCUCACGCGCGUCCUGCGCAUCGGCAACCUGUCCGAGGACUGCCUGCGGACGCCCGCCCAGACCGGCGCCGGCGAGGGCAGCAACCCGUACCUGCAGUCCGCGCGGUCCUUCUUCUACACCGUCAAAUACCCGCCCGACGUCGCCUUCUGGGCCUACACCCUCGGCGGCAACUUCGUCAUCCUGGUGCUUCUGGGUGUCAUCCCGACGAGCAUCAGCAAGCGGUUCGGCGUGCUGCUGGCGUACGGCACGUCGGCGCUCUUCUUCUACAUCGUGCACAUGCUGCUGCUCGUGCUGGCGGCGGUCCCGCUCAUCGGCCUGUUCGGCGAGGAGCUGGGCUACGACGACGAGCUGACGGGCGAGCCGGCGGUCGGGGUCAAGAGCGUGCCGGCCUUCUUCGCCGUCUGGGCGGCCGUGCUGGCCGCCAUGUACCCGCUGUGCCGGUGGUACGGGGCGUUCAAGGCGCGGCAGGGGCCGGAUUCGCUGUGGAGGUUCUUUUAA